GACAAAAAUAAUCUACCAAAAACGUGAACAUUAAAUCAAUCAAUCAUCAAAAAUUUGUUUAUAUUUUUCUGGAACUUCAUUUUCACACGCGUAAUUUCUUUCAUUAAUGUGUUUUAUAAUUAAAAUUAUUUAAGUGACAUGGUGGAUUCUCAGACCUCCUCAGAUUUCAGUAAUUUGGGACUCUUACCUUGGCUUGUUGAGCAAUGCACAUCAAUGGGAAUUACGAGUCCUACACCAGUACAAAGUUUUUGUAUACCUAAGAUUAUUGCUUCAGAAAACUGCAUUGCUGUCUCUAAAACUGGAUCUGGAAAAACACUAGCAUUUGCUCUGCCUGUUUUACAGUUGCUUGCAGAGGAUCCAUACGGAGUUUUUGCCCUAGUCCUUACUCCUACUAGGGAACUAGCAAUACAAAUCGCUGAACAGUUUCGAGUCAUUGGAAAACCUAUUAAUUUAGAAGUUGCGGUUAUAAUUGGAGGAAUGAAUAUGGUGGCCCAAGGCAAGGAGAUAAGUUCCAAACCCCAUAUAAUUGUAGCUACUCCUGGUCGAUUAGCUGAUCAUCUAAAAAGCAGUAGUGAUAUUUCUUUUAAGAGAACUAAAAUACUUGUUUUGGAUGAAGCUGAUAGAUUAUUAGAAGGACAGUUCCAUGAUCAACUUGAAGUUAUUUUUGAAUCAUUGCCAUCAAAGAGGCAAACUUUAAUGUUCAGCGCUACUAUGUCAAAAAAUCUUGAUGAGUUGAAAAAAAUAAGCUGCCUUGAACCAUUUAUAUGGAACUCUGAAUCUGAUGUAUCAACUGUUAAAACACUGGAACAGAAUUAUAUAUUGGUGCCACAUUUGAUGGUAAAAAAUGCAAGUUUGGUGGAAUUUAUUAAUACUUUUCAAACAAAACAUCCUGAAAGUUCAAUGAUAGUUUUCACUAAAAAUUGCAAACAGUGCCAGUUGGUCUCUCUAGCUUUAAGAAGUUUGGGUUUUGAAAAUGUGUCUCUGAACUCUCAUUUGAAACAAUGGGACAGGUUAGCCUCCAUAUCGAAAUUCAAAUCAAAUCGGAGCAAAAUAUUAGUUGCCACAGAUGUAGCAAGCAGAGGUUUAGAUAUCCCGAUGGUUGAUUUAGUCAUAAAUUACAAUGUGCCAGUUGUACCCAAGAACUAUAUUCAUCGUGUAGGAAGAACUGCUAGAGCAGGUAAAGGCGGUCUAGCAAUUACUUUAAUGACACCAAGAGACAUUUUAGCAUUAAAGAAAAUUGAAGAGGAAAUAAAUGUUCGACUUUCAGAACAUAAAAUUUCAGAUAAGAAAAUUCUCAACAUUUUAUUACAAGUCGAAGUAGCCUGGCGAGAAGCUGAAAUUUCAUUAGAAGAUACUGAAGUGGAUCGCAAGAAGAAAAUAUAUGAAAUGAAAGAAAAAGUUUUAGAAGAUCCAGAAAAGACUGAAAGAGAAUUCAAUUCUCAGAAAAGAAAGAAAAAACGAAAUCAGAAUAGGAGGUCUAAAGUCCUCAAAACUAAUUAAGUCCAUAUUCACUCUCAAUAUCUGUAAAUAUAGAAAAAAUAUUUUAAUAAUAAACAUGCAUUAUUGUUUGAA